CAUGAUUAUCCCACAAAAAAUCGACCACUAAUAUUAUUAUUAUUGAACCAAUAAGUAACGUAUUACGUUUCUUCUUUCCCCCCACCCUAUCUCCCAAUUUGUUUUCCUGAAAUCCUCAUUAUAAUUAAUCGAACGAACACACAAGUUUUUCAAACAAUUCGAUGGAUCAGGAACAGUUAGCGACCAGAUCUGCAACGAGAAACGAUGAAUAUAAUGGGGAAAAUAGGGUGAAAUUGUCAAAAUAUCCGUUAACGAUUUGGGAGGUAGCGGGUGCGUGUGGUGUGUUGUUAUGUUUUGCUGUUGGUCUCCUCGGAGUUUAUCUUACGUUGCCGGAUUCUGAUUAUAGUUUUCUUAAGCUUCCUAGAACGCUUGAAGAUCUUCAUCUUCUUAGAGAUAACAUCGAGGGAUACACAAGCGACUACACUGCACAAGUCUUAGUGGGGUAUUGCGUCGUCUACAUCUUUAUGCAAACUUUCAUGAUCCCGGGAACUGUCUUCAUGUCACUACUCGCGGGGUCCCUUUUUGGCGUCUUAAGAGGCGUAGCUCUCGUCGUCUUUGCUGCUUCCGCUGGCGCGUCUUCUUGCUACUUUUUAUCUAAUUUGAUUGGGCGCCCCCUUAUCUCGUCUCUGUGGCCAGAUAAAUUAGUUUUCUUCCAAGAUCAGGUGGCUAAAAGGCGAGAUGGGCUGCUGAAUUACAUGCUUUUCUUAAGGUUGACCCCGACGUUGCCUAAUAUGUUCAUUAAUGUUGCUUCACCAAUAGUAAAUGUGCCUUAUCAUAUAUUCUUACUCGGAACUACAAUUGGGCUUAUUCCAGCUGCUUAUGUUACCGUCAAGGCGGGAAUAACGCUUGGAGAAUUACAGUCAAUUGGAGACUUAUACGACAUCCAUUCAAUCGGAACGUUGUUUCUCAUCGGGCUUGCUUCUAUUACCCCCACACUCAUAAGCAAGAAGAAUGCACCAUGAUAAUUUGUUCAUUCAUGCUUUGUUUAUAGUGUUACUAACCAACCCCUCUCAAGAUUUAAAGUCUGUACAAAAUUACAAAUUUACCCUCAGUCACGACCUUCGGCUGUGGAGAUUUGUUGGUUUGUGCUACAGAUGUUGAAGAUGCAAAAGGGAUUUGUUCUGUUGAGGGUAACUAGGUAAUAUUGCUAAAAAGGCAGUUUAGUCUAUGUUGGAAAAUAAUAUUCCUAGUGUAAAUAGUCAUUGUAAUGAUGGAUUGUUACUAUGAUUUUAUUUUAUGAAAUGUGAAAUUGGCACAACUAAUGAAAUAUUGGUUGUUACUAA